AUGGAAAACUACUAUGUCAUUAAAAUUUUGGGAAGAGGUUCCGAAGGACAAGUCGUAUUAGCCGAACAUAAAAAAACACAAGAACAAAUUGCCAUCAAACGUAUGGAAUGGGCAAGUUACGAAGAUGCCAAUAUUCAUCUCAACGAAGCUCAGAAACUCCGAGAUCUCUCUCAUAAAAAUAUUAUCAAAUAUUUGAGUGUCUUUCUUCAUCAAUAUUCAAAGAAGGCAGAGACACUCUAUGUGUGUUUGUGUUUGGAAUAUUGUCCUGGAGGAGAUUUACAACAAUUGAUAACGUCAACGAUUAAGAAAGGAAAGAUGAAAGAAGAGGCUAUUGUCAAUUAUGCAGAACAAAUUGCAGAGGGAUUACGAUAUUUACAUGAACAUAAUAUUAUACAUCGAGAUUUAAAACCUCAAAACAUUUUAAUUGCUUCGGAUGGUGUGUUGAAAAUUGGAGAUUUUGGAAUUUCUCGAGAAAUUUCAACACAUUCCAUUCCCAAGACUCAAUGCGGUACUUUGGAAUAUAUGAGUUAUGAAAUGCUUAAUAAGGAGCCCUAUGAUCAACUCACAGACAUGUAUUCUUAUGGAGUAAUUCUUUUUCAAAUGAUGAUUGGCAAGUCCAUCAUGUUUUCAAUGGAACUUCGAAAAAAUCCAAAUCUUUUUAUGGACUUGGAACAUCAAUGUAUCGAAGAUUUAGGAUAUUCUCGUGAUCUCUUUCAAUUAGCCAAAUCAUUGGUGAGUUAUGACACUCGUGAGAGACCUUCUGCUGAACAAUGUUUGAAAAAAUUGAAUCGAUUGAAAGCUCAUUCUAGUAAGCAUCAUGGAAAACUUAAUCUAGUCUUGCAAGAUUUUAAGGCCUUGACCAAUGAUUUGAAAUUACGAGUUUUUGCAUUUCUUCAUAUUGAAGACAUGUAUCAUAUGGGUCUUACAUGUAUGGAAUUUUAUAAUUUAUGGGAACAACAUUGGUGGAAAUUACUCAUUACAUCUACCAAGCUUGGAAAAGAAAUUACCAAAUCACUCUUACAAGAAUCUCAAGGAGUAGGAUCAUCCUCUCCAACUUGCUCCUCAUCACGUCGAAAACGAUCAGGAAGUGCAAAAAGUUCUCAUUCCGAUCUCUCCAAUGUUCACAACACAAAUUCUUCAAGUAUCAUGAACACGACCAUUCGUGCCUUAAAUUUGAGCAUUACAAGUUCGAGCAGUGUCCACAAUUCUUUGGAAAUUAAUAUUUUUAAACAACAAGUUUUCAAUUAUGUGAAAUUUCAAAAACCUAAAAAGAGACGAGACAUGAAUAAGAGAGGACGGAACGUGGUGAGUGAAAUACAUCCUUCACAAAUCGAUGAAGCUGCUUUAUUUAUGGCUCGUUCCUUAAUGUUUGGAUUUUCGAGUCUUUCUAAUGAUGAAGAAUUAUCUCAACGAAAUGAUCAUCAGAACAACAAUUCCAAAGUUUUCAUGAAUUCUCGAGUUGAGCAGCAACAACAACAACAACAACCACCACUAAAUACUUUGAUUCAAAAGAGGAAGAAUAACAUUGAAGGGCAUGUUUCUUCUUCUCCCAUUUCCAUGGAUUCUCCUCAAAGUAAUAGUAGUAGUAGCAGCACAGCAACGACAACAAUCACUGAAAAAUCAUCAUCCUUAGAAGACACAAGAGAUUUGAAACAUGAUCUGAAAAAAAUUCCACCCCAUACACGUCACGACGUAUCACAUGCUUCGUCACGAUCAUUCAUGUCCUCAUUGCAUCCCUUAUUGAAAUAUAUUUUUAACAUUUCACAUCCAUUGGAAUUUUCGGAAGAGGAGAAGGAUGGAAAAAAUUAUAGAGAUCAUGUAGAAUCGAAAAUAUCUAAAGAAGCCAUUCUAUUUCUUUGUAAACUUGUCAUCAAAUAUGGAUGUAAAUAUGGCCGAGUGUAUGUGAAUGUGAAAUUUCCAGUCGAUGCUCAACCUAAAGAAAUUCAAGCACUUUCGAUUUGGCAAGAUCCCUACAAUACAAAAGGAAUUGGAUUUUGGAGAAUGUUAAAAUUGGGUAUUGUCAAGGCACCCAAAAGUUUAGGUCUUAAAUCCAUUUAUCGAUCCAUUAAGGCAGCCGAAUGUAUGGAAAACAUUCAUUCUCAACUCAUGCCCAUCCAUGAAAAACCUCAUUGGACUCUCCUUGCCCUUCUCGUUUCACCUCUCGAACGAAAGAAAGGUCUCGGAAGUGAAGUAUUAAUGCCCAUUCUGAGAGCUAGCGAUGAAGCCACGUUACCCAUCUUUACCAUUUUGUAUCAUCAUCAAGAAGAAGAACCAUGUACACACGAGAAGGUCAUUAAGGAAUUGAGUGAGAAUCGAGACCGAACGAACAAGAAAUAUAACCAAGAACGAGAUGCAUUGAGUGUGGUGUCUUAUGGCGGCGCAUCCGACGUUGAAGCGCACUAA